GUGUGAAGUCAGCACGACGUGCCGCCCGGGGCGUGCUGUGAGUCCGCUACUGAGGCGAGGGGAGAGGUGGCUGCGGAGCGGGAGUCGCGGCUCCACUUCCGAAAGACGAGCGGGCUGCGAUCAAGGGGCUGCGACCGGGCAAACAGUCCAGCGUUUAUGUCCUCCGCCCGGACGGCUUGCAUCACUCUAAGCGGAGUGGUGGCCGUGCUGUAAAAUAUACGGGGGACCUGGACUUGUAUAGGAACACGGGAGGCCAAAGGGGAACUCACCAGGAAGACCGGGAGCGAGGCCCCCCUUCGGGGCAGACUUCGGAGAGCCCCCUGGCUGCGCUUCAUGCCUGUGACUGAUGGCUCCGCCCCCCUGUGCCCCUCUCCCCCAGUCUUCCGCAAAAGCCUGACGUCAUUGACUGGUCAGGCCGGCUGAUUUUCGGCCCUUACGGGGGAUUUACUGAGAAGGCGAAACUCAAACACUGAAAGCACCCCCUCCCCCCCCCCCCCCCCCCAUCCGGAGGAGGGAGGACCGCUUGGGAUCUUCCUCACCACUGGGGCUUUUCCGUUUACGGUGGCGGAUACCAGCUGAGUGGAGGAGCAGGUGUUGCAGAAGACAGGCCAGAUCCUAGAAAAGCUGAGCUCCGGUGCCGGGCUCAGCCCCUCAGCACAUCUAAUCUGGGCCUCUGAACACAUUUUGGUUAAGGACCACCCAGAGCCGGGGGGGGGGGGGGGGGGCGCUGAGGAGAGCAUUGCUGCAGCACCGACUCCUGUGACCAACCAGCAGGGCGGCGAAGUGGGGAGCUCUCUGGCUUCCUGGCACUGAAAGGCUGGGGCCGGAUCAAAGUCCAGUGUGCUGAGCAGUGGUGUCUGGAGCUACCCCGGGAAGGGGGGGGGGGCACUCCGUCACCAUGGGGAAAUCCAACAGCAAGCUGAAGCCUGAGGUUGUGGAGGAGCUGACCAGGAAAACGUACUUUACAGAGAAGGAGGUACAGCAGUGGUAUAAGGGCUUCAUCAAGGACUGUCCCAGUGGCCAGCUAGAUGCCGUCGGCUUCCAAAAGAUCUACAAGCAGUUCUUCCCCUUCGGCGAUCCCACCAAGUUUGCCACCUUCGUCUUCAACGUCUUUGACGAGAACAAGGACGGACGCAUUGAGUUCUCCGAGUUCAUCCAGGCGCUUUCCGUCACCUCACGGGGAACCCUGGACGAGAAGCUCCGCUGGGCCUUUAAGCUGUACGAUCUCGAUAAUGAUGGCUACAUAACCCGGGACGAGAUGCUUAACAUCGUAGAUGCUAUUUACCAGAUGGUGGGAAACACCGUUGAGCUGCCGGAGGAGGAAAACACACCGGAGAAGCGUGUCGACCGCAUUUUCUCCAUGAUGGACAAGAACGCCGACGGGAAGCUGACGCUGCAGGAGUUCCAGGAGGGCUCCAAGGCGGACCCCUCCAUCGUUCAGGCGCUGUCGCUGUACGACGGCCUGGUAUAGGGGCCUGGAGCGUGUGACAGGGUGUGCCGAAGCGUCCCAUCUAUAGCCGUCACCCACGUCCUCACAAGAAGCUACUCAUCACUCUGAAACCUGCAAGGAGCUGGAAGAGAUCGGGGCUGUGGGGGGGCACGCACCCUGAUCCUUCACUUUGUCCCCCUCCAUCGUCACCUUAAAAAAAACCCUCUUGUAACUGACUACACCCCCUAAUGAUGACGAGGGGGGAGGGGGCACAGGGACGUACUCCGAAGAUGACAAAAUUGACACGAGGACCUUGGUUUGCAGCUGUGAAAUUGGGGGUGCGGGGCUGGA